GGACUAUUACGGUUUCGGCUCUCGGUUAAAUACGCAAAUCCUCUAAACGGUCUAUUACGAUUUUGGUUCUAAGUGUCGCGUUGUGUGAGAUAAAUGCAAAAUAUUAAAAGAUCGUACAAAAGACAGAAACAUAAGCCCAAGGAAGUGCACAAGAAAUUCACAUCAUGUCGAAUACUACUGCAGCUGUUACUGAAACCGCGACGGGUUUAACUUUUAAUAUCGUCGACUAUAUUGUUUUCACUCUCCUGUUGCUGUGUUCAGCGGGCAUCGGUGUCUACUUUGGCUUCUUCAGCAAGGCCAAAAAUACCACUGAGGAAUAUCUGAGAGGCGGCAAGAAGAUGAAAACACUCCCCAUUGCAAUAUCAUUGGUUGCGAGCCAGCUAUCCGGCAUAGCAAUAAUGUCCAUUCCCGCUGAAUCUUAUGCGUAUGGAUUUAACAUCAUAUUCAUGGUACUUGCAAUGAUUCCAACUGUGCCCAUCUUGAUAUAUGUAAUCGUUCCGGUCUUCUAUGAGAACAAAGUAUCCAAUUGCUAUGAGUAUCUAGAAUUGCGGUUUAACAAACGCACUCGACAACUAGUUACGGCAACUUUUGUCGGAAGCACAUUUCUCAUGCUUCCGGUAUAUAUGUUCGUCCCCGCGCUGGCAUUCUCGCAAGUGACGGGAAUAAACAUUCAUCUUAUCAACACAAUGGUCUCCUCGAUCUGCGUAUUUUACACCAUGUUGGGUGGAAUAAAGGCCGUUGUGUGGACUGAUGUUGUCCAAGGUGGCAUUAUGUUACUGUCGGUUGUUUUGGUGGGGGUGCUUGGCACUAUACGCACAGGUGGACUUGGUACGGUCAUUGAUUACGCCUCGGAAGGUGGUCGGCUCAAUUUUGACUUUCGGCUCGAUCCUCGUAUUAGAAUGUCAUUUUGGGGUGCCUUUAGCGGUGGUCUCUUCAUGUGGAUGGGCAAGGUGGGCAUGGAUCAGAGCUGUGUGCAGCGUAUCGUAUCUUUGCCGACGUAUUUUCAUGCUAAAAAAUCCCUAAUUAUUGCUGGCAUUGGAUUUGUAACUAUCAUGUCUUUCAACUGUUUUGCUGGCAUCAUCAUGUUUGCGCGCUACCAUGGAUGCGAUCCCAUGCUGGCUGGGCUGGUCAGCAAGCCGGACAAAAUGAUGCCGUUCUUUGUGCAGGAUAUUGUCGGCCACAUUUCAGGAAUGCCCGGCGUUUUCAUAUCCUGCGUCUUCAGCGCUGCACUGAGCACUCUAUCUGCACACCUUAACUCCUUUGCAGGAGUGGUCUACUUCGAUUACAUCAAACCCAACAUCCGGCACACCGAGGCUCGUGCCAAUGCUACCAUGAAACUGGUCGUCAUUGGCAUGGGAAUCUACUGCAUUGUGGGAGGCUAUAUAGUCCAGCAAUUCAACUCCAUCCUGCAGACAAUGGUAACCAUUACUGGCAUAACUACUGGCUCAGUUGUAGGAGUCUUCCUGCUGGGCAUGUGUGUGCCACGUGUGAAUAGCAAGACAGCUAUAACUGCCAUAUUAUUCAGCGUGAUUGUCAUGAUCUGGAUUAUACUCAAGGCCCAAAUGAGCCUCAGGGCGGGACACAUUAAGUACGAACCUUUACCUACCUCAAUAGACCAAUGUGAGGCACGCAAUUUCCAUGCGAUCAUAAGUGCAGUAUCUGCCAGCAACACAACAGCUACAACUCCCGGAACCACAACUGCAACGCCUUUGAUUACCGGUGCCUUCAGCAGCAAUAGGGAGUUCUCAAUCUUCGAGAUAUCAUUCUAUUGGUAUAAAUUUUUGGGCGCAGCACUCGUUUUUGUUUGGGCAAUUCCCAUGAGCUAUGUUUGGCGUGACCAGGGGGAAAAACUAAAUCCCAAGCUGUUCACACCGUUCGUGCGCAGAUUCAUUGCUGUACCCAAUUCCGUACAAGAGUUGGAGGAGUUGCCACUAAAAGGGCCGUUGCCUAAGGACGCUACAGAAUUAGAAAUAGAUGUGGCCGAAAGGAAGGAGGGCGUCUUAAGCCAUCACUGAUUCGUUUUAUGAAUUAUAGUCAAGGCCAGUUUCUUUAUGUUCAGUUAGCUUUAACAGCUUCAUACCCUGAAGGAUUCUCACAUAGUAAUGUCUCUAGAGAAAGUAAUAAUAAUACUGUAAAUAAAAAGGAAACCAAUGAAUAAAAAUGUUUAAGAAUUCUGUUUCAGAGCA